AUGUUGUACCAAGUCAAAGUUAUGCCAGUUAUGCCAAGGAUUUCAACCGAAAUCGAUCGAAUUGUGUCUAUACACGUCGUUCAGAGGAAAAAUGGACCAAUCCGCCUCUGCGCAGACUUCUCAAAAGGACUGAACGAGGCACUGGAACGAAACCAGCAUCCGCUUCCAAGCCCAGAGGACACAUUCACGAAACUCAACGGAGGAGGCUACUUUUCACAGCUCGACUUAGCCGAAGCAUAUCUCCAAUUGGAAGUUGACGACGUCUCAAAGUGGCUACUCACUAUCAACGCGCACCGUGGACUGUAUCGCUUCAACCGACUACCAUUUGGAGUGAAACCAGCUCUUGGUAUAUUCCAGCAAUGUAGAUUGUCGCUUAUCGCUGGAGUAGAUAGAACCGCCGCCUAUCUCAACAACAUAUUGGUUACUGGUAGAACCAUCGGCGAACACAAUGCCCGACUUGAGGCCGUAUUCAAGCGGAUUCAAGACUACGGAUUACGCCUUCGACUCGACAAAUGUGCUUUCCUGCAGACGGAGAUAACCUACCUUGGGUUCAUCAUCAACGCACAAUGA